AUGUGUAAACACGUUCUCAACGCCCAAGUCUCGAUCCGAUCUCCCUGCUGCAAACAGUGGUUCGACUGCGCCGAGUGCCAUGCCGAGACGCAAGACCAUGGUCUGAAGCAGGCUAUGGAGAUGGUCUUCGCGUGUAAGAAGUGCAAGAAGUGCUUCAGGAAGGACAUGACCGAGUACGAUGAGCAAGACGAGUUCUGCCCACACUGCGACAACCACUACGUGAUCGAGGCGAAGGAGCCAAAGGCACGACUCGCGGUUGAGGGAGAGGAUGUCAGAAAAGAUGCGCGUAUGCUCAAAGAUGAGCGGGUCAAGCCGAAGCUGCUACCAGAGGAUCUGUCCAUAUUUGAUGAUGAGCUGGAGGCUGCCAGGCUGGGCUGA